AAACGCUUAGAAAGUGGAGAUUUAUGAACGGGGUAGGUGAUGGUUAGUGAUUAAUUUCAACUUAAUCGGAAUAUACAGCCUUGAAAUUUGGAUGACAUAUACAGUUUUGCACACUGAUCUUAACAGCAUAAAAAUUUGGACCAGAUACAUAUAAAGGUGAAAUCAUGAGGGAAAUGUAAGGAUAUACAGUAACUCCCUGCAGGAUGUUUCCUCUUGUGAUUUGUUAAUAUCAGUCAGUGUGUCGCCAGGUACUUGAAAAUGGGGACACUGUUUUGUGUUAAGAAAAAAAAACUCUGUUAAAGGAUGGAAAUGUUUGUUUAAGGAUAAAUGGCAGGAUUUUCAGAGUUCAUUUCUUGUCUGCAUUGUUUUGGCAUGUUGUUAUUUAGUAAAGAAAAUUAAAAUGUUAAUUCCCGUCUUAAAUGGUGAAAGAUGAAAGAGAGAUCAGCAGGAUUUUAUUUACAGCAGUUAUGAUCUUAUAUACAGUAAUACAAUGAAACACUGAUGAGGAUUCACCUAGAGGUAUAGACUUUCAUUCAAGGAAAGUGGAUUAAACAUACAGAACCUAUCUGCUAGAGAAUUGUUACAACUUAUUUUGAGAGGUCUUCAGUUUAAUGAAUAAUUUCACAGAUUAUUUCUGUUUGGGAGCAAGUGCAAUUUUUGAAUGAAGUUUAUUAUGUUCACUUUAUUGUUUAUGUUGGCAAUCACUGGUUGCUAUGGCAAUAAAUUGGAGGUGGAUUAUCAUAUUCCAGAUAAUCAGAAGGUGAUAUAUGAUGUACAACUGAAGCACAAGAUUCACAUAGGUCACAAGAUUCACAAGCGCAGUCCAAGUCAACCCCUAAGGAUUCAUCUACAUUUUGACAGUAGUGUUGACAGGCUUCCAUAUGAACAUCAAACUCUUAUCAAGGGUAAAGUUCAUGAUGCAGUUGCUUUCUGGGAAGAUACUUUAAUGGUACAUGCUACGAGGGCCCCGAUACUCUUAAACAGGAGAUGCAUAAGAGAUACUGUACGAUACUAUGAUGGGAUACGUUACUGCACUGGCGGCUGUGCUGCAGAAACACGGUGUGGUGAUAUCACAGUGCCAAACUCACAUUUACGUAGUUGUGAAUGGUACGACAGUGUUGGAAACGAGUACCAUUCUCCACAAGAUACCAUGCCAGGUGUGAACGCUUCAUUUAUUCUGUAUGUGGCAGCAUUGUCCUCAGACAAAUGUUCCUGGCAGAAAACUGUCGCCUUUGCAGCCCAUUGUCAACAAGAACAACAAUAUGAUAGACCAGUGGCUGGGUAUUUCAGUAUCUGUCCAAAGAGUGUAUCCACAAGUAUACACAAACAUGAAGAACUCCUGUAUACCAUUAAACAUGAAAUUCUGCAUGCAUUGGGUUUUACUGCUGGUCUCUAUGCUUUUUAUCGUGACCGUUUGGGUCGUCCUCUCACUGAAAGAAACCGAUUAACUGGCAAACCACUUGUCUUUGAUAAGAAUGCGGGAAUGUACAUGUGGAGUGAUCGGGUUGUUAAACAGUACAGUAGAUACGCAUGGAAGCUGAAGGGACAGACCAUAGAGAAAAAAGUCAACAUGAUAAUCACUCCAAAUGUUGUGAGAGAGGUACGUAAUCAUUUUAAUUGUGCCAGUUUGGAGGGAGGAGAACUGGAAGAUCAAGGUGGUAUAAAUGGAACAGCUAUUACACACUGGGAGAAAAGAGUGUUUGAGAAUGAAUUCAUGACAGGGACAUAUACACAGAAUCCAGUCAUUUCUAGAAUAAGUUUGGCACUCAUGGAGGAUACAGGGUGGUAUAGUGUUAAAUAUGGUAAUGCCAAAACACUUGAAUGGGGCAAGAAUCUGGGUUGUGACUUUGCCACAAGAAGUUGUUAUGAAUGGAUUGAGACCAAACUUGGCAGGAAUGAAGACAUCCAUCCAUUCUGUAUAGAAGCCACGAGGGGUCAGCCAGUGACCGACUGCUCCAGAAAUAGGAAAGCUGUAGCCAUAUGCAAUCUGUCAGAAUUUAAUAAAGAUCUACCUAAACAAUAUCAGUAUUUCAGGUCAAUACCAGGAGUUCCUUCAUCGGAAGUGGGUAGAUUUGGAGGCAGUGUAGCUUUAGCAGACUAUUGUCCAUACCUACAAGAAUUUGUUUGGAAACAAGAUAGUGACUUUAUACGAGGCUCACGCUGUGCCUUAGUGCAAAACACUCUUGAACCAAGCCAAAAUUACCUACUAGAGAAAUAUAGUCCGAGAUCUAAAUGUUUUAAUCAUGGUAGUGGAUGGGCACUAAAGAGAUGUAACAACAUUUUCAGGCCUCACUCAGGGAGUGGAUGUUAUGAGUAUGAAUGUAGGUCAGACACGGGUUUGACAAUAUAUGUUAUGGAAAGAGGGUACAGGUGUUAUUAUGGCGGACAGGUGUUGAUGAUAGAUUAUGCCGAUAACCAGUGGUUAUAUAGAGGAAAUAUCACCUGUCCAUCUUGUACAGAAAUAUGCAAAGAUCAGGGAGUUGUAUGCCCACAGGAUGACAGGAGUGUUUACACAGUGCAACGAGAUCGUACAUAUCGUAUUCCAUGCAGCGAAGCAAUUAACCUCAGUGCCAGUAUUUGUUUAGCUUUAUUUACUUUGUUCAUGUCUUGUUGUUUUUUUUAACUAUUUAUAAAAGAACAUGAUUUAUAUACUUUUAUACAGAAUAUAAAUGGAGUUUUAAUCAUCAAAUUUUAUACACACAUUCAUUGAUGAAUUAUCAUUUAAUAUAAAAUAUCAUUCCAUUAUUAUUAAACAACCAUAAAUGUCCGGGUAUAACACCGCCAAGAUAGCGGGUAAUGUAUCUGAACUCUCACAAAGCUAUAGUUAUUGUGAUCAAUGUAAUUUCAGCAUAUUUUUACAUAGAAAUUUAUACUUUCAUACAUGUAGUUAGUCAGUUAAAAUCAGAAAAUGAUGUAAUGUUGGUACAUUAUUGACAGGAAAUUAUGUCCUCAUUUCUAUCUGCCUUCUUAUUAGUAAAGACAAGGAUGUCAGUAAAGACAAGGAUAUCAGUGCAGCUCUAGAUUCAUACUCUUAAUUAUUGCAGUUUUCAAAAUAGUUUGACCAUCUCUCAAGGUUUUUGUCACCUGACGGCUAUGUUUGCUGCAAGUAACUUGAGAUAUGGUUGAAAUGUUUGAAAAUUGUCAGUUCUUAAUUCUUUUGAAACUAUGAAAUUAAUUUGCCAAUUUCUAAUAAACAAUAGUUUACAUGGGGACAUGGGUUUCUUCUAGUAUCUUUCAUGACACGUAGCAAAAUUAGCUGACUGAAUGAAAUUAAUAUGCUUUUAUGAUAAAUAUUGUUAUACUUGUUCAAGAUUGUAACAGCAAGUAUGAUAAUUUUAAUUAGUUUACAUGCAUCGUGUAUGAAUAUAUUGUGUUUGCUGUUGUUAUUUUUUACUGACAUGGCUGUAACAAAGGUGGUUGAAGUUUUUGUUCAUGUUUUGUAUUUGUAUUUGUUUACAAUUAGCUAUGAAUCUUAAGCACAAGACAGACAGGAUAUUUUAUGCUCUCCAAAAGGUAAGCAUAUGGUCACCACUUCUUUUAUCCAUCCUACAAGUCUUGUCGGGAGUAUUUCUCAGCAACAACUGGCUGGAAUUCAUCAAAACUUCAUAGGAAGCUUUAAUCGCAAGAGAAGAUGUGAAUAUUAUCUUCAUAUUCCAGUUGGAUCAUUUUUCAUUGGGUUAUUGCCCUUUGAUUAUUCAACAUUGGUCUACAAUAGCACCAUUUCUUGUCUGGAGUAUUCCUCGGCAAUCACUGGCUGGAAUUUAGUCAAACUUCAUAGGAAGCUUCAUUCUAGAGGAUAUGCGCAUAUUAUCUGCAUUCAGAUUUUUCACUUAUUAGUAGUUAUGGCGCUUUGAUUAUUCAACAUAGUAUACUGUAAUACCAGUUCUUGUCUGGGGUAUUCAUCAGCAACCACUAGAUGGAAUUCAUCAGAACUUCAUAGGAAGCUUUACUUCCAAAAGGAGACGUGCAUGUUAUCUUCAUGUUCCUUUCAGAUGAUUUUUCACUGCUUUUCAUAGGAUGCUUCAGUCUCGAGAGGUUAUGCGCAUAUUAUCUUUAUGUUCCAGCCGGAUGAUUUUUCAUUGAGUUAUUGCCCUUUGAUUAUUCAACAUUUGUUAGCCAUAGUGCCAUCCUUGUCCAGAAUAUUCCUGAGCAACCCUUGGUUUAUAUUCAGCGAAACCUCAUAGGAUGCUUCUCUUGCAAAAGGAGUUGCACGUAUCAUGUGCAAACUUUUUCUCAACAACUAUUCGCUUGAGUUCUAAGAAACUUCUUUGGAAGCUUCACUACAUAUCCACCCAGUUGAUAAAUUCUGCUCUUUUGCUUUGAAUAUCCGAGAGAUUUACCAAUAUUUUCUUGUUAUAUUAUUGCUUUUGAUAGUCAGAAUAUGUUGUUAAGUAGUAGGUUGUUGUUUUAUUCUAUACCUAUUUUUCUCUUCCAAUCAGCAGUUCCCAUUUGUAGUAUUUUACUCUCCCAUUACAUUUCCAUAUUGGAUAAAAUAUAUUCUGUAUUGGACAAUGUAACUACUUUGAUUUGAAUCACAAUGUAAACUAAAUGAUCAACGCCAUUGACCCAUAAACCAAUUAAACACUUGAAGCAGCAUUUACACAUUUGAUAGAUAAAACCAUGGCUAUCUACAUUGCUUUCCUUUUUACCGAGAAAAAUAAGCAUGGAAUAAAAAGAUUAUUUGACAUUGCCCUGUACGAUACAGGAUAUGUUUGGACUUGUUACAUCUGAGAAGAACCUCCCUCUUGGAUUUGCCUAUCUGCUCAUCAGUGUUUUUUUUUCCAGUGGGUACACAUCCAAACACAUUGCCAUAUUGUUCAGAACAAUGUUAAAUAACCUAAUAUUGUCAUUUGUGUAACAUUCCAUCUAUUAUUUUAAAGAUCUCUUUUAGCUUUUGUGACCGCUCAAUGUCCAUCGUGCGUCGUCAGUCGUCCAUCAACAUUUUCUAAAAAAAUCUUCUUCUUGAAAACCACUGGGUAGAAUUACACCAAACUUCACAGGAAUGAUCCUUGGGUGGUUUCCUUUCAAAAUCUUUCAAAGAAUUGAAUUCCAUGCAGAACUCUGGUUGCCAUGGCAACCGAAAGGAAAAACUAUAAAAAUCUUCUUGUCCAAAAUGCAAGACGUAGAGCCUUGAUAUUUGGCAUGUGACAUCAUCAAAUAGUCCUCUAUCAAGAUUGGUCAAAUUGUGUCCCUGGGGUGAAAAGAGGCCCCGUCCCAUGGUCACAAGUUUUACAUAGACUUACAUAGGAAAAUUUUUAAAAAAUCUUCUUGUCUAAAACCACAAGACCUAGACCUUUGAUAUUUGGUAUGUAGCAUUGCCUUGUGGUCCCCUACCAAAAUUGUUCAAAUUAUUACCUUGGGGUGAAAAGUUUUACAUAGACUUGUAUAGGAAAAAACUUUAAAAAUCUUCUUGUCUGAAACUACAAGACCUAGGCCUUUGAUAUUUUGUAUGUAGCAUUGCCUUUUGGUCCUCUAUGAAGAUUGUUCAAAUUGUGUUCCUGGGGUGAAAAGAUGCCCCGCAUCGGGGUCCCAAGUUUUACAUAGACUUGUAUAGGAGAAAACUUUAAAAAUCUUCUUGUCUGAAACUGCAAGGCCUAGGCUUUUGAUAUUUGGUGUGUUGCAUUGCCUUGUGGUCCUCUACCAAAAUUGUUCAAAUUAUUACCAUGGGGUGAAAACAGGCCCUGCCAUGGGGGUCCCAAGUUUAACAUAGACUUAUAUAGAGAAAAAAAAUAAAAAUCUUCUUGUCUGAAAGUUCAAGGCCUAGGCCUUUGAUAUUUGGUAUGUAUCAUUGCCUAGUAGAUCUCUAACAGGAUUGUUUAAAUUAUGCCCCAGGGGUGAAAAGAGGCCCCACUGGUUGUCACUUGUUAAAUGAGUUAUGUAGGAAAAAAUAUUUCCCAGACUGUUUCAUUAUAUUUACCUGAUGUACCCAAGUGAUUACGUGUCACCUUACUGUGACCUUGACUUACUGACCUACUUCCUUUAUUUUUGAAAUUUGGAUUACAUGUACAGUUUUGCAUACCGAUCUUAAAACUGACUUUCAGUUACCAUGAAUAUGAUCUACUGACAUACUUUCUAAUAUUUUAGUAUCAGUUUGCCAUUUGAAACAUGUGGCUCAUAUUACUCAGGUGAGCGAUUUAGGGUCAUCAUGACCCUCUUGUUUUAAUUUGUUGCAAAUAGAGUACCGGUAAACUUAAAUGAUUCUUGUUUUUUUUUAUAUAAUUUUUUUAAAUAACUGAUAUACAACAUUUUAUUUUAAUAAAUUUUUAUACAGAUCUGAUUAUAAUGAAAAGUGUAUAUAUAUAAAAGAGGAGAUGAAGUGGAUAGAGAGUAAAUGAUUCUAGAGCACCAAUCACAGUAUCGACUUGUGCACCAUCAUGCAAUUAAACUUUAAUGAAAAUGCUACACUGUUUCACAGUUACCUGCUUCAGUUAUAGAUACUGUGAAAUCAUUUCAUUUUCUUCUUCAAAACUUUCAUGUUUUUAAUCAUAGCAAGGAAUUCCUUAUUUUAAAAUCAGUAACAUGAAUGGAAUUUUUCUCUUUUGUUUGUUGAGAUUUGAUUUUAUUGAUUGACACAAACUUAUAAUCCAGGAAAAAAUAAUUCCAGAUGACUAGUAAUGAUGUCACAGUAUGUUACAUUUAUGUUCACGUUCUAGUUCUUCUUUGAUACAAAGUAUUUUGUAUGUAAGCAGACAUUCAGAUGAUUUUUUGUUGCUAUAUAUGUUUUUAUAUUUUCUCAAUGUUGUCUUUAAGGAAUCGUGUUUCUUGGUGUUUCAUUCACAGAAGUCAUGCAAAAAUCUGCUUUGCUGAGACAUAGCAUAUAUAUUGAAUCAAUGUCAGACUGCUUUGCUGAGACAUAGCAUAUAUAUUGAAUCAAUGUCAGACUGCUUUGCUGAGACAUAGCAUAUAUAUUGAAUCAAUGUCAGACUUGUUUCAUGAUAGCUUUAGUUUUAUUUAUAGAAAAAUGAAAUAUGUAUUUUUAAUCAAUUUUUAAAAAGUUUUAUUACCAUCUUACAAGUUUCAGUUAGAGAUAUCAGCUUUAAGGUGAUAUAUUAUUCAGCUGUUUUUUAUGAAUCUAUUUUGAAUGAGAAAGAACAAAACAAAAUUUUGAAUUUAAAAUUACACUUCACUAUGCACUUGUUUAUGCAUAGAACGUUAUUUAAAAUGUUCCAAUAGUGUCUCUGCCCAUACAACUCUCCCAGUAGGAUGUGUUUAAGAUUGCCAGUUUAGGGAUACCUGUUUAAGAUUACAAAUUUAACAUUCUGCCUUUGAUUGAAAUUGUUUUAGUAAUCUCAACUGCUGGAUAACUGUUUUAACUCUGGGCUGUUCUGCUUAUCUACAUAACUCUGUCUUCAUAUAAACAGUUUGAUGUAUGUUCACCAAACUGAGUCAACAGCAUCCUUGCAUGACCCUUUCUCAAGUCUGUUCAAAUGGGUUAGGUCUGUGCACAGUUAUAAAGGUCAGCAAGGGUAAAGAUAGAAAAAAAAACAUCUUUUCUUUUCAGCUUUUGUUUAACUUCAAGUCAGAUAAAUUCCCUGUAAUAUCAAGCAGUUGGGCAUCUAGAUUUAGAUUCCCUUGUUAAGUGAUGUGUAACUGUGUAUACCUACAUGAUAAAGAAAGUAUUGAAAUGCUUUUCUUUAGCUCCACUAUUCAGAGAAUAGGGGGGCUAUUGUACUCACAUUGGCAUCCACGUGAGCUUUCUUGGUUAAAGUUUUUCGGCAACCUUUGUUUUUCUUACCAUUAUUUAUAUCUUACUGUAACUUCACAUAAACAUUGUCCAGCAUUCAAACAAAGUAUGUGCAGGGGUAAGGCCCAUUAUACCCAAGGUCAAGGUCACCAAAGUGUUAUACAUAGGUUAUUUUUAAGGUUAAGGGGCCUCCGUGGCCGAGAGGAUAAGGUCCCUGACUUCAAAUCACUUGCCCCUCAUCGAUGUGGGUUUGAGCCUCACUUUGGGCUUUGAAUUCUUCAUGUGAGGAAGCCAUCCAGCUGGCUUCCGGAAGGUCGGUGGUUUUACCCAGGUGCCCGCUCGUGAUGAAAUAUUGCAUGGAGGGGCACCUGGGGUCUUCCUCCACCAUCAAAGCUGGAGAGUUGCCAUAUGAUCUAUAAUUGUGUCGGUGCGACGUUAAACCCAACAAAAUAAAUAAGUAAAUUUUUAAGGUUAAACCUUUGUUUUUCUGUCAUAUCUUUUUUACUAUUGCAUAUAUCUUACUGUAACUUCACAUAUACAUUGUCCAGCAUACAAACAAAGUAUAUGCAGGGGCUGGACCCAUUAUACCCAAGGUCAAGGUCACCAAGAUGUUAUACUCGGAAUUAUUUUCAUGUUUUUUAUUUUCGAAAGCUUCAUUUUUAGACAUAUCUUUGGUAAUUUAAAAGAUAAUGACUUGAAAUUAAAACUAUUUCUUUAUAAUCAUCAUCUGCAUGUGUGGUUACAAUCCCCAUAACUCUAAUUGUAUUUUUGACAGAAUUAUGCCCCUUUCAUACUUAGUGUUUUGACAAUCUUUGCUUUCUGGACAUAACAUUAGUACAAUAUAAGAUAAUGACUUGAAACUCAAAAUAUAUCUUUACCAUCAUCAUCAGUACCUCUUCCAUACUUGACCUUUAACCCCUCUGAGUAGUAGGGUCUUUUUAUAUCUUGGUGUAUCUUCUUUUUAAAGUAGAGGUCUCUUAUUGAGACAUAAAUUCAUUUUACUGUCAAGUCGCCAAAUAGUGGAGCGCGCUGUCUUACGGACUGCUCUUGUUAUGGAAUUCUAAUUUCUCGCAGGUUAUAUUUUGAAACAUCUAACUUGUAUGUUUUAGAGUUAUAAGUAUUCAGUAAAUGGUAUGUUUUACAGGAUGUUGUAUACUAAUGUGUGAGUGCUAUUACUUUGUACACAUUGGUCUUUCAGGCAAAUAUAAAGUGCAAUAUAAAAUAAAAUGUUCAAGUGUC